AAUUGCAUCAUGGGAUUUUGUAAAUAAACUCACUUUCAGUUUUGAUAUCAGGAAGUUGGAGUGAAGAAUAAAACAUUGAUGUUGCUAUUUUAUCCUAUAUUGUGAACUGGACAUAUAAACCAUUGCUUGCGACAUAAAGAGACCAUGGAUGGUACAGAUGGUGAUGAAAUAUCAGAUCUUGCAGCCAGUCUACACAUGUUCUCAGAUGGCCUAGCAGUGGAAUCCACUACAUGUCUACCAGGGGAGUCCAGAGGAGAUUCUGUGCUGGUUUUGCAUGGUGUGAUGGUGACUACAGAGAACAUGGGUGUGGAUGAGGAGGAGAGCAUGUUGAAAUACUCCACCACCCUCACGAAUAGGCAGCGUGGGAAUGAGGUCACAGUCAGACCAGCUACUUUAGACAUUCUGUCCAUCCACCAGCUAGCUGCCCAGGGGGAGGUCUUACAGGUGGCAACACACCUGAGCAAAGACAGUUCAUUACUAAACUGCCAGGAUGAACGGGGCUUCACUCCUCUCAUGUGGGCAGCAGCGUUUGGAGAGAAAGCCAUGGUGGAUUUCCUCCUGGAAAAUGGGGCAGAUCCUAGUACUAUAGCAUGGGAACGGGAGAGUGCCUUGACCCUGGCAAGCUCGGGAGGCUAUGCAGUCAUAGUGAAACGUCUUCUUGAACAUGGAGUAGAUAUCAACGCUUAUGACUGGAAUGGUGGUACUCCUCUCCUUUACGCUGUUAGAGGGAACCAUGUAAGGUGUGCCGAGGCCCUCUUAGAUAAAGGGGCAGACAUGAACAUUGAGGCAGAUUCUGGGUAUAGUCCAAUGGCCUUAGCUGUUGCCCUCGGACACAAACAAGUCCAAAAGGUGUUAGAGGACCAUAUUCUGAAACUCCUGAAGAAAAAAGCAUGACACCAGCUAAGAGCUCCAGGAUGUGGUUAGAGAGGACGUUGUCAUGCACAGUGCUGACCAGAGGAUCACCUGCUGGCAUCCGUGGUGAGGUGGUUGACCAAAAGACUACAUUUACAUUUGAGUCAUUUAGCAGACGCUC